AUGGCAGAGGUAGUUGAAGAUGGGUUUUGGACCCAGACGGGUGAGCUGACGGACGAGGCGCGCUGGCUCAACACUGACGGCCAGCACUGGACGCUCAAGGAGGCUGGUGCAACCUGUCGGCUGCAGGUGGGCGAUUUUUGGCAGAGGACCUUUUACAGCCCGCCAAUCUGCAAGAGCAAUGCUCCCGCAUUACUGCGCCCUUUUCCUCCUGACCAUCGCGUUGAGACAGAGUUUGUGAUUGAGCCCCAGAACCAGUUUGAUCAAGCAGGCCUGCUGGUGUAUUGCCAUGACCAAUGCUGGCUCAAGGCCGGCAUCGAGUAUGCGGACGGGGCGCUCCGCCUCAGCACUGUGGUGACCAACGGCUUUUCUGAUUGGUCUACUCAGGUAGUCGCGACGGCUGGAUGUGCUCUGCGCGUGAGUCGCACCUCCGUGCAGGACUACGUCGUCGAAGUACAGAAUGAGGCUGGCGCCUGGGACUUUAUUCGUAUUGCACACUUGGACACAAAGGAGCAGGACACCGUGCGCGCUGGCCUCUACGCCUGUGCGCCCCAGCAAAUCGGGGGCCUUGUUCGCUUCUCAAGAGCCCGACUGCAGCAGGGCAUCGACUUUGCGCACUCGGCCUAG